GCGCUGCAUAUGAAAUGUCUGCAUGCAUAUAGCGCAAUGCAAUGCAUUUAACUUUUAGUUGUCAGAAUAGUGAAAAUUAUAAGGUUGGAGUAUAUAUGAUCUUCCACUUAACAAGUUGAUAUUUCUGAAAUGGGGAAAGACAAGCAUGCUUCAAGGGAAGAACUGGCAGAGUAUCCACCAGAGACACCAUCUCAUGGCCAUUCGUCGGGAAAAUAUGGGACACCAAAGAAAUAUGAUCCUUCAUUCCAUGGGCCUAUCAAAAACAGGAGCUGCACAGAUGUGAUCUGUUGUAUUCUCUUCAUUGUGGCCGUGGGCGGCAUGAUUGGUGUUGGAGUAUUGGGCUGGAUGUAUGGCGAUCCCAUGAGGCUGAUUCACCCUACAGAUUCCUUUGGACAAGUCUGUGGAAUUGAUGAAAAUGUGAAGAAUGCCAGCUACCUGUUCUACUUUGAUCUGUUAGAAUGUUUCAGCAGCAUCACGACGACGGUGCUCAAUUUUGGUUGCCCUACUCCAAAGAUUUGUAUGUCAGAAUGCCCCCAAAAUACGUUUGCACCUUACACCCUAUUACUUCAAGAUGCACAAAAAUUUAUUGAUGAACUGGAACUGGACCUCAACAUGUGGGAUGAGUUCAUAUGUUUGCCUGGAUUUGAUCCAGAGGCGGAGUUUAAUGAUGCAAGUGGGCCUUAUUAUCAGAACCUUGCAAAGAUCUUUGAACAUAGAAAGUGUGCUACAUACUACUUGCCAAGUACCAAUUAUGCUGAUCGAUGUGUCCCAGCAUUCCUUGUUGCAGAGAAUGCCUCAUUAGCGGACAUCUUCACCACCGGUUUGACAAACUUGCAGACUCUUGGUGGAACUCUCAUCGAUAAUGAUAAUGUCACCAGCGUUUUUUCAUCAGCUGUAGACAAAUUCCUCAACUUAGCCAGUGUCCUGGAAGUGGUUUACGAGGACUUUGUCAACUCGUGGCACAUCAUCCUCAUUGGUCUUGGUAUUGGAAUGGUCCUAUCAAUGAUCUGGUGUUUUAUCAUGAGAUGGAUAGCUGGUGUGAUGGUCUGGGGAAGCAUUCUAUGUCUUCAUGCUGUACUGGCUGCAGGAAUAUAUUGUUGUGUCCAGCAAUACCUAGAUUUACAGGGUGUCGCUGGAUCAAUGGACUCAAUCACUUUUGAGUUUACAACCAACCUUUCCAGCUACACAAGACUGCAGCAGACAUGGCUCAUCAUAGGAAUCAUCUUAUGUGUAGUGUUUCUAAUCUUGUUCCUGCUGACGAUCUGUCUCUGCUCACGUAUCCGCAUUGCCGUUGAGCUCAUAUCGGAGUCUAGCAAGGCUGUCAGCUCGAUGUGGAGUACACUGUUCUGGCCGAUCGUCCCGUUCCUACUUCAGACUGGGGUCAUCGCACUCUGGGUUGGCAUAGCAGUGUACCUUGCCACUUCCCAGCAGGCUAUGUAUCAGGUCUUUGAUGCUACAACGUCUAAUUUCACUGGGGAUUCUUGUGAUAUAGAUACUUUUCAAGAGGAGUCAAGCUCUGAUACCUUUACAGCAGACUACAACCUGACAAGCAACGACACCGAUCUCUCCUGCCUCUUCAUCGACUACAGCCUACCAGAGUACUUCAAAUGGCUCCAGCUCUACAACCUCUUUGUUUUCUUCUGGCUCAUCAACUUCGUGAUCGGACUUAGUCACAUGACCCUCGCGGGAGCGUUUGCGUCCUACUAUUGGGCGUUCAACAAGAAGGACGAUGUUCCGUUCUUCGCUCUUAGCGGAGCGUUCUACAGAUCCUUGAGGUAUCAUCUUGGAACUAUCGCGUUUGGAUCCCUCAUCAUCGCUAUCAUUCAGAUCAUCAGGGUCUUACUCGAAUAUGCAGAAUACCAACUCAAAGGCAAAGAGAACAAGGUUGCGAAGUUUAUCCUGAGGUGUAUGAAAUGCUGCUUCUACUGUUUGGAAAAAUUCAUGAAGUUCAUCAACAAAAAUGCCUAUAUUCUGGUUGCUGUUUAUGGGAAGAAUUUCUGUUCCUCUGCUAAAGAAGCCUUCUUCUUGCUCUUGAGGAAUAUCGUCAGAGUUGCUGUAGUGAACAAGAUCACAGACUUCUUGCUAUUCCUGGGCCAGCUUCUCAUUGUAUCCCUGGUCGUCGUAGGAGCCUUCUUCUACUUCACUCUUGAAGUGACCUGGGUCAACGCUGUACUUCCUGUUCCGGCAGUCAACUACUACUGGGUUGUAAUCAUUGUCAUAGGAAUAGGAGUCUAUCUGAUUUCCAAGGCAUUCUUUGGUGUCUUUGACAUGGCUGUGGAUACACUCUUCCUCUCAUUCCUGGAAGACAUUGAGCGCCAUGACGGAAGUGCAGAGAAACCAUACUACAUGUCAAAGGGCAUGAUGAAGAUCGUUGGAAAGAAGAACAAAAAAAUGGAAGAAGAGUGGUAGAAGGAAUGGAAGAGAAUGGAGAGGACACUUUAUGACAUAAAGCAAUGGAUUGAAAGAAGGUUUGAAGUCGACAUGAGACAGUACUGAAGUAAGAAAAGAACGAAAGAUUGUGAAACAUGAAUGGAUGAUUCUCCAUCUCUAUGUCAUCAAUAUGUUGCCUGGACCUUUCUAUAGAAAGCCAGUCUGAGCUGUUAUUUUGUGGGCUGCUUGCCAUAAGGUUGUAACUACCAUUA